GAAAAUAAUCAAGUUAAAUGAUAAGAAUUUAUUAUGAUGGAAAUGAAAAAACCAAGGUGACUGAAUGUGCGCAGAAAGUUGAAACAUUUUUUGUGUUAUUUAUUUGAGUUUUGUUGUUUUUUUUUUUUUUUUUGAAUAUGAUUAUUAUAUAGGUCAUUUUUAAAUUUAACAUUUAAUUAUUUAUAAAUAAAAUAUUGUCAAGUAUAUUUGGAGAUUAUUUGAAUAAUAUUAAAAUGGACUCGGUGGCGGUGACAGUGCCACUUCGUCCUCCGACGAAAAAAAUGAAAAAACGUAAAGAAUUAGAUGCAUUAGCACCUUCACAUGUAAUCUCCAGAAGAACAUCUGGCAAAAGAAGUUCACAGGAGUUAUUGACUGACAGCAGUGAUGAACGUUCGGAAUAUUGGAAUGUAUCAAUACGUGGUAAUCGUAAAGCUCGAGCUAGACGAGGACGUUCAUGUCCAGGUUUAUUUCGUGCAUGUAAUGCAUUUUUUGGAUGUGCAUCUGUAUUAGCAACAGCAAGUCUUAUUUGGCUGUUUAUUGAUGUACGUCAACAAUUAACAUCACUCAGAGUUGAAGUGGACCAAGUUAUAGCAGGUAGCGAUGGUGUUCAGGACACUCUUCAAAAGUGUCAUUCACUCUCCAAAGAGCUUCAAAACAAUCAGACAUUUUUAUACACCCAAUUGGCAGAUGUCAAAUUACAAAUUGCCAAUUUUACAACACAGUUGUCAAGCCUACAGCCAGAACUUCAUCAAGUUCAAGAACUUUUAAAUCGUGCACCAGAAUUAACAAAUGUUCCAAAAGAUUUAAAUAAUAUAUUAAAUAGUGUUGCAACAUUUGGAAGUAAAAUUGAAGAUUUAAAAAGUACUGCUGAUGGUUUAAAAAUUGUUGAUCAAAAAUUACAAGAUGCUCAAAAUAUUAUUCAAAAUAAUAUAACAGAAAUUAAGACUUCAUUGACUGAACUGUCACAUAUUACACGUGGACCAGAAUUAUUAACAAAUGCAUCAAAAAUAAAAACAGAUGAAUUAAGUCAAGCAAUAUCAAAGUUACAAAUUGAUUUAACAAAUAUCACUGAAACAUUGACGAAAAAAUUAACAUGGCUUCAAAAUGAUCGUGAAAAUGACAAGAAAAAAUUGGACAGUAUGAUGGAUAAUAAUUUAAACGUGACAGUGACACUUGAAUCACUUCGUGGACAAUGUGCCAAAAUAUCAGAACAUGAAAAAUUAUUAAACGCAACAAUAAUGACUGUCAAUGAUCAGGUAAAAAAUAUUCAUACACUUGAUCUCAAUGCUAGAAUAAACAAGAUGGAACAAAAUUAUAGUCACUUGAAAAAUACGACAGAUGUGAUAUUAAAUUCAAUAAAUGAUAUAAAUAAUAAUUCAAAAGUCAGUGGACAAGGUCAAACAACUAGAAACACAACACAAAGUUGAAUAUAAAAAAUAUAUUAAUUUAAAAAUAAUGAUAAAUAAGAGAAAAAAUUAAAAAAAAAAAAGUUUAAAUAAUUUAAAAAUACAGAAAUAAUAAGAUAUGUAUAAUAGACACAUGAAAAAUGUGUAUUUGUAUAUAAACCAUAAUUUAAAUUAUUUGUUUGUUGUUUAAAUUAACAAAAUAAAAUUAAACAAAAAACAAAAUUUUUUAAUUUUAAAAAAUUACUUAUAAAUAUUGUUCAUUUUUUCAUAUAAAUUAAAUUUUUUUUUUUUUUCUUUUUUCUCUUUUUCAUUGAUUUAAAAAAAAAGAGUAUGUUAUAAUUUAUUUUUUUUUUCUUUUAAAUUACACUUGUUUCUAAAAACUAUUAAAUUAACGUUCUAAUAAUCAAAUUAAUUUAACAACAUAAAUUUUCUUAUUUUCCUUUAUAAAUACAUAAUUUAUAAAUCAAUUUAAAUAAUCAUCUGUCGAGUUAUUUUCGAGGACAAAAUGAGUAAAUUAAUAAAUCAAGAAUAAACUGGACAUUGACAUUGAACAUAUCAAGUUCAAGAUAAGUAAAAAAACACUAAAAAAAAAUCAAAAAAUACAUCUACAAUAUCAUGACAAUAAAAAUAAUAAUAACACUCAAUUGAAAAUACAACAAAAUUUAAAAUUAUAAUUUUUUUAAUGAUUUCCAUUGAGAUAGGGCUUGUCCGGUAUGCAAAAUAAUAACAACAAUAUUAUGAAAAGUGGGAGGAAAGUGUAUACAAGGAAAUGAACAAAGGAAAGAAAAAAA